AUGACAUCAAACACAAGUGCGUUUCGUCGAGAACAGUAUAUCAAACGAAACCCUAAUGACGGCAAUACAUCGGAUGACAGUCUUUUAUUAAUGGGUGACGACGGUGAAGAUAAAGCACCAUUACUAAAUGUUGCGGAUAAUACAGAAAUCAUAAGAGAAGCAACUAUAUCAAAUCAAUUAUCAUUAUCAAGUCAUUGUCAUGUUCCGGAUGAUAAAUUUGAUUACGGAGCAAGAAAUCGUCUUAUUAUUGUACUCGUAAUUUGUAUUAUUUUUAUGGUAAUUGAAAUUAUCGGAGGUGUUCUUUCUAAUUCAACAGCUGUUGUAACAGAUGCAGCUCAUAUGGCUAUUGAUGUCGCUAGUUUUCUAAUAUCAUUAACAGCAAUGUAUCUUGCAACAAAACGACCAACAAAACGACUUUCAUUUGGCUAUAUUCGAGCAGAGGUACUUGGAGCACUUAUCAGUGUUUUAACAAUUUGGUUAGUUACCGGUGUUCUUGUUUAUAUGGCUGUUGAGCGUUGUAUCACUCAAACAUUUGAGGUAAAACCAGUAGAAAUGAUUAUUGUUGCAUCAUGUGGUGUUUUAUUCAAUAUCGUAAUGUUUUUUGUCUUACAUGCUAAUGUAUGUGGUAAAUCAAUACCUCAUCAUGGUCAUUCACAUGGAGAUAAUCAUGGUCAUUCACAUGAAAACAAUCAUGGUCAUUCACAUGAAAACAAUCAUGAAGAUUUAGAUGAUGAGACUUUGGAAAAUACAGAUACGAUUAUUAAUGCUUCACCAUUAGUUGCUGAUAUUGUAACUGGUCAUAACCGAGAACAAAUGUUAAAAGCAAAGAAAUCAACUAAAAAUAUUAAUGUACGAGCUGCUAUUAUACAUGUUAUUGGAGAUUUUGUUCAAAGUGUUGGUGUUCUUUGUGCAGCUAUACUCAUUAAAUUUAAACCACAAUAUAAAUUAGCUGAUCCUAUCUGUACUUUUGUUUUCUCCAUCCUUGUUCUUAUUACAACAAUCACAAUCAUGCGUGAUAUUAUCUUUGUUCUUAUGGAAGCUGUUCCGUCAAAUGUUAAUUAUUCACGAGUAGUUGAUGAUCUACUUCAAUUACCUGGCGUACAGAAUGCACAUAGUCUACAUAUAUGGUCAUUAUCGAUGCAAAGAACAGCUCUUUCCGUUCAUAUUGCAAUCAGUUCUGAUCGAGAUUUUUUAACAGUAUUGAGGCAAGCUCAAGAAAUGCUUCGUCAGAAACAUUCGAUUGCACGAACAACAAUACAAAUUGAACCUUAUGAUGAACAUAUAAUGAAUGCAUGUGAAGAUUGUCGUCGAUUGGAUACUUAA